AUAUUACCGAGUAUGACGGUCUACCCGUCCUUUUAAGAUAAUACGCAGUUUUGUUCGCGUGUUCAGUUGACGCCGUUCAAAAAUCGAUCAUACGAAAUGGUCGAAAACAUGUGUUGCAGCAGUGGGUGAGGAGCAUGAGAGAGAAGGGAAUCGGCAAUAAUCAAAGAUGGCGGACAAGAACCAACCUCAAGGAGCCCAAGGGCAACCUUUAGUUAAAAUAGGGCAUUAUAUUCUAGGAGAAACCCUCGGCGUCGGCACGUUUGGAAAAGUGAAGACCGCCUGCCACCAGUUGACGGGCCACAAGGUUGCAGUGAAGAUAUUGAACAGGCAGAAGAUAAAGAAUCUCGAUGUCGUGGGCAAGAUCCGCCGUGAAAUACAAAACCUCAAGCUCUUCCGGCACCCUCAUAUCAUCAAACUGUACCAAGUCAUCAGCACGCCCACCGACAUUUUCAUGAUCAUGGAGUAUGUCUGCGGUGGUGAACUCUUUGAUUACAUCGUCAAGCAUGGGAAGCUGAAGGAGUCGGACGCCCGGAGGUUCUUCCAGCAGAUCAUCUCCGGAGUGGCGUACUGUCACAGGCACAUGGUGGUCCACAGGGACCUGAAACCCGAAAACCUGCUCUUGGACCAGAACCUCAACGUCAAGAUCGCCGACUUCGGACUCUCGAACAUGAUGAUGGACGGCGAAUUCCUGAGGACGAGCUGCGGGUCCCCAAAUUACGCAGCCCCGGAGGUCAUCUCGGGCAAACUCUACGCCGGUCCUGAAGUGGACAUUUGGAGCUGCGGUGUAAUACUCUAUGCGCUGCUCUGCGGAACCCUUCCAUUUGACGACGAACAUGUCCCGACCCUUUUCCGAAAGAUCAAGUCGGGCAUCUUCCCCGUCCCGGACUACCUGAACAAAUCGGUGGUGAGCCUGUUGAUCCACACCCUCCAAGUGGACCCAAUGAAACGGGCAACCAUGGAGGACAUCAAAAACCAUGACUGGUUUAAGAAAGACCUCCCAGCCUACCUCUUCCCGUUGCCGAACGACAACGAUGCGUCGAUCAUCGACAUGGACGCCGUGAAAGUCGUCUGUGAGAAGUUUGGGGUGCAGGAGAAGGAGCUGCACAGCGCCCUGCUGAGUGGCAACCCCCACGACCAGCUGGCCAUCGCCUACAACCUGGUGGUGGACAACAAGCGCAUCGAAGACGAGACGGCCAAGCUGGAGAUCAAGGACUUCUACGUCGCGUCCAGCCCACCCCCGACGGCCGCUCUGCUCGACCAAAGCCCAUCGAGGCCUCACCCUGAGCGAAUCGCCAGCCGCCAGCGGAUGUUGAGCGGAGGGAACGGCGCGGACCGCAAGGGAACCCCGAUGAAGAGGGCAAAGUGGCAUCUGGGCAUUCGAUCGCAGAGCAAGCCACACGACAUCAUGAAUGAAGUGUACAGGGCCAUGAAAGCGCUUGAUUUCGAGUGGAAAGUGGUCAACUCAUUUCACGUUCGGGUACGGAGAAAAAACCCCAGCAAUGCUCGGCCGGUGAAGAUGAGCCUGCAGCUGUACCAAGUGGAGUACAAGAGUUUCCUUCUCGACUUCAAAUCCCUUCCCACCAACGAGGAGGCUCAGUCCCAGGACCCCAGUGUGGCGGAAACCAGCUACAACCAGGUGCACAACACAAUGGAGUUCUUCGAGAUGUGCGCCGCCCUCAUCACUCAGCUGGCGCGUUGAGCGACUCUGCGGCUCGACGUAGAGGGUCAAGCGCGACGCGGAUAGACGCGCGGCCCCCGCGCCGCGUGUUCCGCAACACUCCUAUUUUUUCUCGCUCCCCCGUGUACCACAAACCUACGAAGUGCGGCAAUGCACGACACUGGCGUCGUCUCGCGCGCACGGCAGAAAGAGAGAGGGAGCCAGUCUUUUGCGUCGUUUUACCUUUCAUAGUCUACUUAUUAGCUCGGCCUCGAGAAGGGGUCGAACGAGCGAUGGUUAGUUUAGUUGUGUAUAUUUCGAAAGAAAGCUCAAACGCAGUUUUCGUUUUUUGUUGAAACAGUCUGUUCCUCGAGCGUUUCUUUGUUCUACGGGGUGCCGAGCAAUAUUCGGGCAUAAAAAAAAAAAGAAAAAGUAUAAAUAAACCAAUGAACGGAGUGCGAUGAUAUUUUUCGGGGAGGUUUUUUAGGCGGUGCAUUUAUCAAGUUUGAGCGCAGGUUUCAGGGAAAAAAAUUAAGCUUAAAAGACAUCAGCUUUUUCCUAUGCAUGAAAGGAAAACGGCAAAACCCGUCUGUUUGACGCUGCUACUGAAAGAUGGCAGAACACAAAAGCAAAAGCGUGAAAGCUUUGAGGCGAAUGCCCGAAUAGUGCUCAGAAACACCCUGUGGAGAAGGGCAGAAGGUUGGGUCCUUGGAGAGUGCAAUUCUUUUUCGUGGUGGUUUCGGCGGGAAUGUUGGACUUGUGUGCCCCGUAUUACGUCUGCUGCGCGACUCGCUGUGCAGCGUAUGGGUGUUGCAGGUCGUUGAACGUUAGCGUCAAUCGCCUUAUUAGUCGGUUGACCGGGAUAGAAGGAAAGUCGUUUUGUUGAGCGAAAGAUGCGUUUGUCCCUCUGCUUCCGUUGGUGAACAAGGUAUGCCGACAGUAUUUCGAGAGAGACGUCGUACGGCAGAAGCGAAUAUCACGGAUGAAAGCAAGAAAAGGGAAGAAUACUUGUACAUAUUAUACUAUAUGUGCAUAUAUAUAUAAAUAUGAAGAACUGAGAG